CUCCUGGAUCUUUCUUCUCCCCCAUGCCCAUCCCGCAGCUUCCCAGGCGACUGGGCCCCUUGGACCUUGCUACUUCCUGCUUUCAGUCCAUAGUUCAGACCAUGGAGCUGUGGGUACAGCUGAAGCAGGCCGGACUGGAGCUCCUUGGAUUGGGUCCACCUCCCCAGGCGCUAAUGAUGCCCCCGCCAGAGGGGAACCCUGGCCAGACCCUUCUAUCCUCAGGGGCAGAACUUGGGAGUGCCAGGGGGCCACUGCUGUGGAUCUGGGAGGAGCUGGAGAACCUGCGCCGAGUGGAUUUCCAGCUGUUGGGACAGCUGUGUCACCUGGGAUUGGAGAUGGGGGCCCUGCGGGAGGAGCUGAUCACCAUCCUGGAAGAGGAGGAGGAAGCAGCGGAGGAGGAAGAGGAGAGCCGUGUUGAAGAAGAGGAUGAAGGGCCUCAGGGGAAGCAGGAGGAGGGACAUCCAGGGGUCUCCUAUCCAGCCCUGUGCCUCCCCGACUUUGAGAUAACCAUCUGAGGUGAUAGAGUUUGACACAUAAAUGAGAUGCAAAUUUAUGCAAAAGCAAGAAGAGAUUCGGGUCCAAUCAGACAGAAUCAAUGGUGUUCCUUCAGCAGGCUGUUCUCAGGAGAUUCUGACAAUGGAGCCUGGAGAUGUGGGCUGGUUUGACUGUAGCUCUAUGUGCAGAAAUGUUCCCAGUGUGGCCUGAAGAGCCAGUGAUUGGCAAAAGUGAUGGAGAUGUUAGCAGACAGGAUGGAAGAUCAGUUCAGCCUAGUGUGGUAGAUGUCAUGGCUAUUAAGCGACUGAGACAUCACAAGUUCAGAGGGAGAUGUGGAAUGAGACAAAGGUCAGCGACCUGUGAGGUAAAAGCCUCCCAAUACUUAAAAUAUUGAUUACAUGUUGAAAUGAUGUUUUGAAUACAUGGAAUAAAAUAUAAAUUUUGUAUGCUUU